GCGGUUGCGGUGCGCGAGGCUGACAACACGCUGAGCAGAGCAGAGCGAGCGGAGUGGAGCAGCGGAGGAGAUCGAGCUUUCAGUUCAGUGCAGGCCGUGCCCGUGCGUGGAAAGGUGCGGGACGUGGCCCCGAGCAGCGCGCGCGAUGCCGCCCUUCAGCGACAAGGCCCUGACGGCCACCCUGCUGCAGUACAACGCCGACAAGGGCUUCGAGCACUGCCGACAAAAGGUCAAGUGCGUGAUGGUCGGCGACGGUGCGGUCGGCAAAACCUCCCUCGUGGUCAGCUACACGACAAACGGCUUCCCCACUGAGUAUGUGCCCACAGCCUUUGACAACUACAAUGUCGUGGUUCGCAUCGACGGCCAACCUUUGAGACUGCAGCUCUGCGACACAGCUGGCCAGGACGACUUCGACUCGCUGAGGCCGCUGUGCUACACCGGCACCGACAUCUUCGUCGUCUGCUUCUCUGUGGUUUCGCCUGCGUCCCUCCACAACGCCGUCACCAAGUGGAUACCCGAGGUCAGGUCGUUCUGUCCCGAUGCGACCAUUCUGCUCACUGGAACGCAAAGUGACCUCAGAGCCGACGUUGGUGUUCUUGUUAGAUUAGCAAGGUAUGGAGAGAGACCCGUGUCUGAGAUGGAGGCGCGCAGGGUGGCGGCGCAGUGCGGCGCCUGCGGCUACAUCGAGUGCUCCGCCCUGACGCAGCACAACCUGAAGGAGGUGUUCGACCAGGCGAUCGUGCACGGACUGCGGCAGCAGGCGCGCAGCCGAGCGGCCGCCGACUACCGGGCCCCCCUGCCCCCCAAACCGAGGCUGAAACCCACCCCCUUCUGGAAGAGACUCUUCUGUUGCACCUACUGACUGAUUAGUGAUACAAAUAAAAAACAACUCUGAACGUGGACGGAGAUUGCUGGUGAAUGAUGUGAUCGAGUGGGAAUGAACGUUAUAUUUACAAUAUCCGUGCUCAAUCGGGAAAUUCGAGAUUUUAAACAGUUUGGGUGCUCUAUUUAUAAUAUGUAUGUAAUAUUAUAAGGAAUUUAAUUAUACCCACCUGAUUUUGUUAAAUCGCAUCACUUUAAAAAUAUAUCCUCUCCGUGAUUUAAGUUCAGUAAACAUUUCUAGCUACACAUCAUUUCCUAUUAUUAUGCUUGUGUGAUAAGAUGAGGAUAUUAUUAAGAUUCGCAGACGCAGAUGAAAUACAUAUUCUUUCCAAACGCUGGUAAAUAUCUUGGAUGUAUUGUAGUUUGUAUUUUCUUGGUUGUGAAUCAACUUUGCAAAUAGGUCAUUGUUUAUAUAAUGAUAUAUUCGGAUCGUGUGUAGUGACACCCAAAUCUCAUGUUAUUGGUAUAAUCAGACGCGAUAUGCUAUUAAGAAUAAACUCACAAAUCUUGUACUUGUACCAAA